AUGUUAAAAUCAGAAACACAACUGCCUGCAAUCAUAGAAUCAGACAAUACGACAAAUAUAGAAGUCAUAUCAUUAGAUCAAAAAUCUUCUAUAGCAUUCUGCAAAAUAUGUUAUUCUGGAGGAAGUUGUGAACAAUUAAUACACCCUUGUUUUUGCAAAGGAUCGGUUGGUAAUGUACACCUAACAUGUUUAGAGAGAUGGAUCAAUGAAUGUGGUGUUGAUCGGUGUGAGUUAUGUCUCUUUCAGUUUACAUCUGACCAAACACGUCGAUACACAGUUUGGCAAUCAUUGAUGAUUUGGACGAGGAACCCCGUUCAUAGAAGCUUACUAAUAUCGGAUUCUAUAGUAAUGGUUGUUCUAACAAUUGUGAUGGCUUGUCUAAUUACAUCGGUAGUAAUGGGCAUGACUGUGUUUAGUACUUCAAAAACUGACAGGUAA